ACUCCGACCUUUUGUGUCACUACGAGAGACGCGUGCAGUUUGCACUGACCGGAGUUUGUAGUAUCGUAGUUACUAUGUUGGCAUGAGGAUCAAGUCUCGUGAGUAGCGGUGGAACCAACGUGCUGAUUAUGCCUAGAUAAACCAACGCAACUCCCUGACACUUUGUGUGAUAAUGGCAUGCGAUGGUUCGAUUGACGAUUUUCCGGACAAAGUGUUGUUGACCGGAUCACCGUCGUCAUGCACGUGCAUCAAUACGUGCAAAACCCACAACAGAAGAAGUAGCAGAGUGAGCAACAUCAGUGUGGUUUUCCUCGGCUUCUUUAUUUUGUCUCUGUCUCUGCACGUUAUCACGCUGCUGUGCUACCUGGAUCUCCGGUCCGAAGUGAAGCGGGAGAUUUCUCAGCGGAGAGGAGUGGACGAAAAGUUGACCCUCGGUGGAACGGAUGUGACCGACCCGUUGAUCCCCUCCGAUCACCGUGUGAUGGACCCCGGCGCCCGGGCACAGGGUCACGAGGAGAGGUUGCUCCACAGACAGCCGGAUGGCCACCCCACCAGACCCCCCACAGCCCCAGGGGACAGCAGCAGUAUCCCCAGACAGCUGGAUGGCCACCCCACCAGACCCCCCACAGCCUCAGGGGACAGCAGCAGUAUUCAUAGACAGCUGGAUGGCCACCCCACCAGACCCCCCACAGCCCCAGGGGACAGCAGCAGUAUUCAUAGACAGCCGGAUGGCCACCCCACCAGACCCCCCACAGCCCCAGGGGACAGCAGCAGUAUUCAUAGAGCCAAACGGAGCCCAAGGAAACAAUCUGACUCAGAAUCAACUGAGAAACGGAAAGAAACGGAAAGAAGAAAGAAAGGAAGGAAGAGGUCUCCUCCUGGAGCUCAGGGCUCCCCCGGUCCACCUGGUUCCCCAGGCCCCCAGGGGCCUCCAGGUAUUCCUGGUAUCCCUGGUAUUCCUGGUAGUAACGCUGUGGGCCCCGCUGGACCUCCUGGUCGCCCCGGAGCACAGGGGCCCCCCGGGCUGACGGGAGCGGCAGGAUUCGUCGAUAAAACCAAAACAAGAGACUUCCAGCCUGCUGUGGUUCAUCUACAAGGACAGGAAACCACCAUUCAGGUUAAGGAAGACCUGUCUGAAGGUGUCUUGAGGAACUGGAAGAUGGUGUCGAUCCACCACCGUGUCUUCAAGAUGCACUCUCGCUCCGGACAACUGGAGGUCCUACUGGACGGCAUCUACUUCAUAUAUAGUCAGGUAGAAGUGUACUAUCUCAACUUCACGGACAUUGCCAGCUACGAGGUGAUGGUAGACUCCACCCCCUUCCUGCGUUGUACCUGCAGCAUGGAGACUGGGCAGAGGAAGUUCAACACGUGCUACACGGCGGGGGUCAGCCUGCUGAGGGCGGGACAAAGGAUCUCCAUCAGGAUGGUCUAUGAUGACACGCUGAUCAGCAUGACCAAUCAUACUACGUUCCUGGGGAGCGUCAGGCUGGGGGAUUCCCCCUGACCAUGACCAAUACGGCACAACUUCCUGGGGCUCCCUGACCAAUCACACCUCCUUCCUGGGACUUCCUGACCAAUCAUACUAUGUUUCUGGGGAGCGUCAGGCUGGGGGAUUCCCCCUGACCAUGACCAAUACGCACAACUUCCUGGGGCUCCUUGACCAAUCACACCUCCUUCCUGGGACUUCCUGACCAAUCAUACUACGUUCCCGGGGAGCGUCAGGCUGGGGGAUUCCCCCUGACCAUGACCAAUACGGCACAACUUCCUGGGGCUCCCUGACCAAUCACACCUCCUUCCUGGGACUUCCUGACCAAUCACACCUUCUUCCUGGGGCUCCCUGACCAAUCACACCUUCUUCCUGGGACUUCCUGACCAAUCACACCUCCUUCCUGGGACUUCCUGACCAAUCACACCUCCUUCCUGGGACGUGUCUGUAACGACUGUCUUCGGGUGAAAGAGAGGAGGACCAAGAUGCAGCGGGAUAAUCCAUAUUUAAAACUUAAACACCGAACAAAAACACCAAACCGACAAAAAAGGAACGAAGACGAUAGAGUCCCGUAGCGUGAACACUAAACACAGGAACACAGGAACAAUCACCCACAAAAUACCCACAGAAUAUGGCUGCCUAAAUAUGGUUCCCAAUCAGAGACAACGAUAGACAGCUGCCUCUAAUUGAGAAACAAUGUAGGCAACCAUAGACGUACAAAAAACACCUAGAUAGGAAAACGCCCCCCAUAAACAUACAAAACCCCUAGACAGUACAAAAACACAUACACCACCCUUGUCACACCCUGACCUAACCAAGAUAAUAAAGAAAAGAAAGAUAACUAUGAAGGUCAGGGUGUGACAGUGUCAGGCUGGGGGAUUUCCCCCUGGCCAAUACGGCACCACUUCCUGGCGCUCCCUGACCAAUCACACCUCCUUCCUGGGACUUCCUGACCAAUCACACCUCCUUCCUGGGACUUCCUGACCAAUCACACCUCCUUCCUGGGACUUCCUGACCAAUCACACCUCCUUCCUGGGACUUCCUGACCAAUCACACCUCCUUCCUGGGACUUCCUGACCAAUCACACUACGUUCCUUUUUGGAGUGUCCGGCUGGGGGGGGGGGGGGAGAGAGACUCCCACAUCAGCACAUCACUAAGUAGUACAAUCAAUCUUGAUCUCCACUAUAAAAAGCAUCGAGACAUUAUCUCUCAUUUCUUUUAGACUAAAAUGUAGUUUUCAACAGUGGACGUUUGUAUAAAACUUUGUCUCUCUGACAUUUGCAACAUUGUUUCAAUAUUCAAAUUGGAUCUCCAUCUGUCCCAUAGUAAUGAAUGUGUCAGGAGUCGGGAUGAGACAGACAGUCAGGCAGCAUUUCUUAACCAGUGGAAAUCAUGAAUCCGCAUCAUUUUUAUGGAUGUAUACGAAGAAAUGUCAAUUGAAAAAAGAUCAAGUGAAAUGAAGUGCAGCUAGUUUUUCAGUCUUUCCAGCUUCAGUUUGUAGUGAUUGUGUUGUUGGCUGUGUUGUUGGCUGUGUUGUUGCCUGUGUUGUUGCCUGUGUUGUUGCCUGUGUUGUUGCCUGUGCUGUUGGCUAGCUCCUCUGAACAACAGUGUCCAGACGCCUCACUAUCUCAUUGUUAUGGAUGUAUACAAAUAAAAUGCCACUAGAAAUCA